AUGGGCGGCCGCCACUUUGCGGCGCUCGUGUGCGCGCUCACGUCGGCGUUCCAGCGCCCGCAGGCGCCGCGCGCGCCGCGCCACAUCGCUAGGGUUCCGCGCUCGCUCCCACCAACACCGGAGGACGCCGAGGACGAGGUGUCCUGGCGGCGGUCCGUGACGUCGGCGGACUUCGACGACGCGCUCGUCUACCGGCUCUUCCGGCGCCAGUUCGAGAUCCUGCUCCCCGGCUUCGUGCCGAAGAAGCAGCUCGCCGUGUCCGCGCGCCGCGGCAAGGCGAGCCUGCGGCGACUGCGGCUGAACGCGACGGCGCUCAACCGCUUGUUCAACCCGCUCGCGGUCGACGAGGGCUUCCCGCUGCAGCUGCUGCGCUGCGUCUGCGACAGCGUGAGCAUCGCCUGGACGUCGGUCUUCACGCUGAACCGCGACCCCCUCGAGGUGCGCAUCAACAAGGUCGAGUUCGAGUUCGACCAGGGGGCCCGCAAGCCCACAAAGUACCAGCUCGGCGAGGCGAAGCGCGAGUGGGACGCGCUCGCGCCGGCGCCGGCGGCCUUCAUGAACGAGUACCCGACCAUCGAGGGCGCGCGGUUCCUCGUCGACGAGCUCGUGUGCGUCGCGCGGCGCGUCGAGGCGCCGUUCCCGCGGGGCGGGAAUUCGACGGUGCGGCUGACGCUGCGGGGCGUGGACGCGCGGUCCGUGGACAACGCGUCCGCCGUCGUGGACCUGCGGCGCUGCUGGGCGUCCUACAACCCGGCGCCCAACGCCGCGGCGGCGUUCAUCGCGAAGCGCGUCGUCGCGCGCGAGGCGCUCGUGGAGAUCUGUGUGGAGAUCAAGUUCGACGACCGCGACGCGUCCGAGGCCGACCCGGCGGCGACGGCGAGCGCCGCCGCGACGGCCGCCGCGGCGGACGCGACGGCGCCGGAGGUCGCGGAGGACGUGAGCUCGCUGGAUUUCGAACGGGGCGACCCGACGGAGAGCGACCUCGACGACUUGUUCCCCCGGGAGGAGACGACGCCGGACCGGCUCUGGCUCCUGCGGCGGCGCCGCGAGGCGGCGGGCGGCGCGGCGAACUGGUCCGUGACGCGCACGUCCGACGACUGGGAGCCGCCGCGCGUCGAGUUCUCGAAGAACUCGGAGGACGACGGCUUCGUGGUCUUGGCGCGCGCGCCGGCGCCGGCCGCGCUGCUCACGGUCGGCUACGACAGCCCGCGCGCGGAGGUCAAGAGCAUUCGAGUGGACCUGGACCUGCGGCGCUUCCGGCUGGCUUUAGACAGCGACCUGCUGGGCGACGAGGGCCCCGCGAAGCCCGGCGACGUGAGUCUGGGCGUCUUCGCGCUCUUCGGCGACUCGCGGCCGGCCGCGCUCCGGCCCGCGCCGUCCAAGGUCGGCGCCGUGGGCGACGCGCUCUCCGCCGUGCUCAACCGCAUCCGCCCGGUGACCGCCGGCCGCGUCUCGAGCGGCGCGCGCAGCGCCGCGGACUUCUCGCCGCGCCACAGCAGCGGCGACAGGGCCUGGGAGCGGGCGCUGCACCGGCGCAUCGAGGCGCUCGAGCUGCAGCUCCAGGCGGAGAUCGCCGCGAACCGCGACCUGCGGAGCGGCGGCGCGGUCGCGGCGCCGCCGGCGCCGGCGCGCGACCGCGCGGCGCGCGCGAGCAUCCAGCAGGAGCGCGCGACGUGGCGGCGCGAGCGCUACCAGCUCGAGCGCCAGCUGCACAGCGCGCGCGCCGCCGCCGCGGAUCUGGCGACGCACCUGCACGACCGCGGCCGCGGCACGCGCGAGGACGACGCCGCCGCGGCGCCGCGGGCGACGCCGCCCAAGGCCGCGCCGCCCAAGGCCGCGCCGCCCAAGGCCACGCCGCCCAAGGGCGCCUUCGACGCGCGCGGCGCGGCGGCGCUCGUCGGCCAGGCCCUCGAGGCGCUCGGCGGGGCCGCCGCAGCUCCGCGGCCGUCGCCGAAGAAGUCUCCCCGAGCGACGCCGGAGAAGGCCGACGACGCGGGGCUCCUCGACGAGGUCCGCGCCGACGCGACGGCCGACGAGGCGCGGCUCCUCGCGCAGGUCGCGGCGGCCGAGCGCGAGAACCGCGAGGGCGCGGACAGGCUCGAGCGCGCGCUCGAUCGGCUCGCGGCGGCGGAGCGGACCGCCGUCGCGACGGCGCGCGACGCGGACGCGCUCGCGGCGGCCGACGGCCGCGUCCGCGCGCACGCGCGGCGCUGCCGGGCGUCCUGGCGCGCCGUCUUCCCCGGCGCGUUUCCCCGCGUCGACGCGGCGGCCGCGGCGGGCGACGCGGACGCGGCGCCGCCUCCCUUGGAGCCGCCGCCUCCGAGCGACGACGCGCUCCGCUGCGCGACGCUCGCGGCGCGCGUGCUCCGCGAGCGGCGGCGCGCCGGCGAGGCCAAGGCCGUCGCGCGGCGCUUCAGCGCGUGGCGCUACGGCGGCCGGGCGCCGCCGAAGGACGCCGGCGGCGCCCGCGUCGCCGCGCUCCGAAGUGCGCUCGCCGCCCGCCGGCGCGUCCACGCGCUCGCCGCCGCGCGCGCUUUCUGGCGCUGGCGGCGCCUGCCGCGCGCGCGGCGGAGACCGUCGGUCCUGGACGCGCUCCUGCCCGCGGCGGCCGGGAGCGGCGCGAAGGAGCAGGCCCUCGCCGCGGCGGCGGAGUUCUUCGGCGGCGGACAGCGGGGCCGGCGCUCCGAGGCGGCGCGGUCCGAGGACUUUUUCGGCGCGGGCGGCGGCGGCGCCUUCGCGGCCGGGCGGCGGGGCUCCAUCUCGGACGUGAUUUCGGCCCAGCCCGCGUUCCGAGGCGGCGGCGAGGCCUUUGACGCGCUCCGGGGACGCCUCGACGCCGCCGCCGACGACUUCUUCGCCCUCGAGGACGCCGACGGGCCCGCCAGGGCCGCGGCCUUCCUCGCGAGCGCCGCGCCGGAGGGCCCGGACGUGGUUGCGACGGCGUCCGUCGAAACGAACACGGAGCCGCCGCGGACUUCUUCCGCGGCCAAGGACCCGCCCUCGACGACGGCCGCGGCGACGUCGACGGACCCGCCCUCGACGACGGCCACGACCUCCACGUCGACGGAUCCGCCGUCGACGGCCGCCGCGGCGAGUACGGCCGCGCCGUCGACGGCCACCGCGGCGACGUCGACGGACGACGAGGCCGCCGUCGAGGCCGCCGUCGCGGCGACGCCGCCGCCGCGGCGCCGGUCGUCCGUCGUCGCGUCCGUGCCCAAGAUCUACGAGGUCAUGAUCGCCACGGGCCUGCGGCGGCACGACGUCGCGCACCUCAUGGUCCACGGCGGCGCGGCCGAGGACCUCGACGACGCCGCGGCGCGCCUCGACCUCUCGUCGCCGCCGGGCGACGACGAGCCGGCGACGCCGGUCGACGCCGCGCUGGACCCGUCGACGCCCGCGGUCGUGGUCGACUCGUCGCCGGAGGCCGUCGACCAGCGCUGGGUCGGCGUGCGGGCGCUGACGGCGUGCGGCGCCGCGCUCCUGGACGCCGCGGCAGGCCGCGGGAGCCUGGGCGUCGCCUUCUUCCGCUGGCUCGCCGCGUCGCGGAAAGCGGCGGCCGCCGCGACGCUCGCGGGCGCCGCCGGCGACGCGGCGGACGCGCGGCGGAACCUCGCCGCGCGGCGGCUCGCGGCGACGUUGAAGCGGCGACGACGUGCCAUCGUCGCCGCGCGCUUCGGCGGCUGGGCGACCGCCGCGCGCGCGGCGGCGACGCGCGAGGCGCUCGCCGUCGUCGCCGCGGGCCGCGCGCUCGCGCGCCGGCGCCGCGGGACGCUCGCCGCGGCCCUCGGGACCUGGCGCGGCGCCGUUUCGACGGCGCGGAGCGACGACGCGCGCCGGUCCGAGGUCCGCGCGUGCGUCUCCUGCGCCGGGUUCGUCGCCGCCUACCGAGCGGCGGCCGGCCGCGCGCUGUCGCGGCGCUUCCGCGCGUGGCGCGACGCGGCGGGCCGGCGGCGCCGCGACGCGCGGGCGCGGCGCCGGGAGCACGGCGCGCGCCGCGUCGGCGGGCUGCUCGCGCGGCGCGACCGCGAUCGGUCGCGCCGCGCGUUUCCGCGCCUCCGCGCGGCGGGGACGCUCGCGGCGGCGCGGACCGGCGAGCUCCGGCGCGCGGCGCGCGCGCUCCUGAACCGGAAGCGGCGGCGCCACCUGUUCGUCGCCUUUUCCGCGUGGUGGGUCCGCGCGCGGCGGGAGCGCGCGGGCGAACGGCGGCGCGCCGACGCGGACGCGGGCCGCGCGCGCGCGCUGCGGCGCUGGCGCAACGCCAUGUGUCGCGGCGCCGAGGCGCGCGCGUUCUCGUCCUGGGCGCGGGCCGCCGCGUCCCUGCGCGAGCGCGAGGCGCUCGCGGCGAGCCGCGGGGCCGCGGCGGCGCGCGUCGUCCGGUCCUGGCGGCGCCGCGGCGCCGCGGCCGCGUUCCGGACCUGGGCAUCGCGCGCGUCCGACGCGGCGCCGCUGGCGCGCGCCGUCGUCGCCGCGCGCCGCCGCGCGGCCGCCACGUCGCUCUGCCGCGCGUUCGGAAGGUUGCGGACCUACGCGGAAGUGAACGCCUUCGUCGGCGCCGCGAGCCGCGGCGAGGCGGCAAGGCUGACGGGGCGCGUCCUCCGUGGCUCGGAGCGGGCGAUCCUCGCGUCGCGCUUCCGCGCCUGGGCGAGCGGCGCCGGCGCGGCGCGGCAUCGCGGCGAGCGCGCGGUCUCCGGGCUGGCGACGGUCCUGCGGCGGCGGCGGCGCGCGGGCCUCGCGGGCGGCUUCGCCGCGCUCCGCGGCCGCGCGGCCGCGGCGCGGGCCGCGUCGGGCGCCCUGGCGCCCGUCGCCGCGCUCGCGCGGCGCCUCGCCGCGUCCCGCGCGCUGGCCGUCUGGCGGCGGAGGACGGUCGCGGCGAAGCGGCGCGAAGGUCGGGGCCGCCGGGCCGCGGAGGCGCUGUCCUGGGCGCUCGGCCGGCGCUACCGCAGGACGCUCGCCGGCGGCUUCCACGCGUGGCGCGCGGCCGCGGCGGCCGCGACGCUCGCGGCGUCGGCGUCGCUCCUCGCGGCCGAGCGCCUCGACCGGUCCCGCGACGUCGUCGCGUUCGCGAAGGCGUCGGCGGCGCGGCUCUUCGACGCCUUCGCGGCCGGCGCGCGGCGGCGGACGCUCGCGACGCGGCUGCGGCGCUGGCGCGCGGCCGCCGCCGACGUCGCCGCGAGCGCCGCGCUUCGAAGCCUCGCGCUCGCGAGCGGCGGGCGCCGGCGCCGGCGCGCGUCUGUAGCCGGAGCGUUCGCGGCCUGGCGCGCGGCGUCCGCCGCCGCGACGCGACGCGACGCGGAGCAUCGCGCGCGCUCCGCCGCGGAGACGCACGAACGGGCGCUCGCGGACGUGCUCGCGGAGCACGCGGCGGCGCUCGCGGCCGCGCGCGACGCGCGGGACCGGGCGCUCGCGGACGCGUCGGCCGGCUACGAGGCGGACGCGGCCCAGUUCCGCGACGAGGUCGACGCGCGCGACCGCGCCCACGCCCGGGACGUGGAGGGCCUCCGCGCCGCGUUGGCGCUCGCCGUCGCCGAGCGGGCCGACAUGCUCGACGCGGCGUCCGCGGAGCGCGCGGCGGCCCUGGCGUCCGCGGCCGACGGCCACCGGCGUCUGCUGGAAACGGCCGUCGACGGCCACGACGCCGCGUUCGCCGAGGCCGUCGCCGAGCGCGCCGUCGAGAUGAGCGCGACGAACGACGUCAUGGCGUACGCGGCGCGAAAGCACGACGACGACGUGCGCCACCACCGCGAGGCCCACGCGCGCGACGUCGCGCGGUUUCGGGCCGCGCACGACCACGAUCUCGAGCGGUUCCGCGCUGAGCGGGCCAGCGCGGACGCGACGCACGCGGCGGCGCUCCGGGCGCUCGGGGAGGGCUCGCGACGCGCGGGCCUCCGGCGCUUCGGCGCGCUGCGGCGGCGCGGCCGCGUCGCGCACGCCUGGGCGACGUGGCGCGCGUUUUCGGCGACGCGCGCGCGGGCUGUGGGCGCGCUCGACGCGAUCCGCGAGGCGUUCGACGCGUCGCUGCGCCGGUCCGCGGCGCGCGCGUUCUCGGCCUGGCGCCGCGCGGCCGAGGCCUGGCGCGCGGAAGCGGACCGGGCGGCGAUCCUGCUGGCGAUCCGCGACGGCGCGCUGCGGCGCCUGGAGAUCGCAGCGCGCGACUGGUCCCGGACGAGCGUCGCCGACGGUUUCCGGCGGCUGCGCGCGGCCGUCGACGCCGCGAGCACCCGCGACGGCCGCGUGCGAAAUGCGCUGGCGACCUUCGCUUCCGGGUUCGGCCGCGGCGCGACCGCUCAGACCCGCGAAGCCUUCGCGAAGUGGCGUACACACGUCGCGGCGGCGUCGCGGCGCGUCGCGGCGCGACGGACGGCGGCCGCGGCGUCGCGCGGUCGCUGCGCGCUGCUCCGCCGCGCGCGCCUGGGAUCGGGCUUCUCCGCGUGGCGGUCCGCCCUCGAGGCGGACCGCCUCGCCAUGUGGGAGGCCGUGGCGGCGCACGCGGCGAAGCGCGCGGCCUACUCGAAGCUCGAAAACGCGCUCCGGUCGUCGCGGCGCCGCGACCUCGGCGUCGCCGUCGAGCGCUGGCGCGGCGAGGUCCGCGCGAAGAAGGCGCUGACGCGGCUCCAGCGGAGCGCCGCGAGCCGCCUCGUCUACAACUACCGGCGCCGCGCCAAGGCCGCGGCGGCGCGCCGCUUCCUCGCCUGGAAGCGCGACGUCGCCGAGGUCGGCGCGCUGGCGAAGCUCCGCCGCAAGGCCGCGCGGCGCCUCCGCGUCUUCCUCAAGACGCUGGAGGCCUCGGGCCCCACGGACUUUGCCGUACUCCGGGCCUUUGAGCGGUGGCGCCGAGCGGCGUUCGACUCCGGCGCGCUCGAAGCGUUCGAGGCCGCGAAGCUCGCGCGCGCCGUCGGGGCGCUGCGGGUCGUCGCGGCGGCGGAGCGGCGCGCGGCGCUCGCCGCGGGCUUCGGCCGCCUCGCGGCGGCGCGCGACGCGGGCCGGCGGCGCGACGCGGGCGCGGGCCGGCUCGCGCGGCGCGCCGCGCGGCGGCGGCGGCGGCUCGCGUUCGGCCGCUGGGCCGCCGGCGCCGCCGCGGGCCGCGCCGCGGCGGCCGCGGCGGCGCGCGUCGCGGCCGCGCGCGCCGACGACGGCGUCGCGGCGUCGCGCGUCGCCGCCGCGCGCGUCGCCGCCGCGCUCUGGAGCGGCCGCGGGCGCACGGCGUCCGCGGUCUUCUUCUCGCGGUGGCGGCGCGCGGCGACGGCGACGGCGCUGGCGCGGGCGCGCCGCGCGGGCGCGGCCUGGCGCGUCGCGAGCCACGCGAAGCGCGCGCGCGUCGCGGCCGCGUUCCGGGCCUGGGCCGCGCGCGCGCGCCUCGACGUCGCCCGCGGGGACGCCGCGGCGGCGGUCCUCGACGCCGCGGCCGCCGCGCGGCUCGGCGCGGCCUGGGUCCGCUGGCGGCGAACCGUCGACCGCGGCGCGGCGACGGUCGCCGCUCUGGUCCGCUUCGAGCGCGACGCGGGGCGCUGGCGCCGCGCGCAGCUCGGCGCCGCGUUCCGGUCCUGGCUCUGCCUGGCCGCCGUCCGGCGCGCCGUCGGCGCGCGCCGGGGCCUCGCGGCGGCGGCGGCCGCGGGCGCGCUCCGCCGCGGCGUCCUCCGGGGCGCGCAGGCGGCCCUGCGCCGCGGCUUCGCGGCCUGGCGCGCGCGCCGCGACCGCCGCGACGACGCCGCGCGCGUCCUGCGGCGCGUCGGCGCGGGCUGCCGGUCGCGGAACCGCGCGGCGCUGGCGGCGGGCCUGCGGCGCUGGCGCUACGCGCUCCACCGCACGAAGCUCGUCGACGCCGCGGGGAAGAUGCGGCGCCUCGCCGCGGCGAAACAGUUCGGUUUGAUCGUUUCGAAGCGACUGGUCGCGCGGCGGUUCCGCGCGUUCCGCCGCUGGGCGCGGCGGACCGCGGCGCUCCGCGGCUUCGCGACGUGCGUUUCCAAGGUCGCGGCGCGCGCGGCGCGCGGCGCCUUCCGGCGCUGGGCGCUGCGCGCGACGCGGUCGGCGCUCGCCGAGGGCCGCGCGCGCCGCGGCGCGGCGCUCGCGCGCGCCGCGCUGAAGCGGGCCGCGGCGCGCGUCGCGACGAAGGCCUUCCUCCGCUGGUGGGCCGCGGCCUGCGUCGACGGCCUCCGCGCGGCGUCGCUGCGAGCGCUGGAGACGCGCGCGGCGCGGCGCCGGCUCCGUCGGUCCUUCCGGAGCCUCGCGCGCCGCGCGGGCGACGCCGCGCGCUGCGCGGCCGCCGUGGCCGCGCUCGAGCGCGUCGCGGCGCGCGUCGCGACGUCCGCCGCGCGCCGCGGCUUCGCCGCGUGGCGCGCGCGCGCGGCGGCGCGGACGGCGACGGCGACGGAGGCGCGGAGUCGGCUCUUGGCGUCCGCGCGGCGCGUCCGCCGCGUCGCGCUCCGCCGCGCGUUCGCGCGAUGGAACGCGCACGCGCGCCGCGUCGCCGCCGCGGAGGCCGCAUUCCGCAAGAGCGACCGGCGGCGGCGGCUCCGGGCCGCGGGCCGCGCUUUCCGCGCCUGGGUGAACGCGCCGGCGUCGGACUCCGAGGACUUUGAGUACGCGAACGCCUUCUUCCGGCGGGCCGUGUCCCGGGCCGAGCUCGGCGGCGACGACACGCUGCGCCUCGCGCUGACCACGGUCGUGCUACGCGCGGGCGACCUCGAGGUCGGCGGCGCGCCGCGCCGCGCUGCGCUCGCGGCGGCGACGCUCGACGACGACGGCGUCUACCUGGGCCCGGCCCUGCGCUGCUUCGAGGGCGACCGCGUCGUCCUGGAGGCGCCGCUCUUCGGCGACGACGCCGGCGCGCGCGCCGUGUCCGCGACGGAGUUCCAGGUCGGCCACCGCGAGGUCUUCGGCGCGGCGUCCGAAACGGACCGCGACGGCUGGCUCGACGCGCUGGCCAAGUGCCUGGCGCACCACAGAGCCCUGCUGGCGAAGCUCCACCGCGACGCGCGCCACGAGCGGCCGCGGUCGCGGCUCGAGCGGUCGCGGCGGCGCGCGGGCCGCGCGCCCGACGAUUUGGACUGGCUGAAGACGCACGCGGAGCUCCUCACCGAGGGGCUCGGCGAGGACCCGGCGCUGCUGGCGGCGCUGCGCGAGGAGCUCGCGGGCGCGUCGGAGGCGUCCGUCGCGGACAAGGUCCACGCCGUCGAGCGCGGCGCGUCGGAGCUGCGCGGGUCGUUGGAGAACGUCGAGCUCUGCCGCGGCGCGCUCCACAAGCGCGGCGGCAUGCUCAAGACGGGCAAGAAGAUCUUCCACCGCCACGCGUGGAAGGAGAAGACCUUUGUCUUGCGGGCGCGCGCCUUCGACGACCGCAACGUCUACGUGGGGCCCGUGCUCGAGUUCUCGUGCGCGGGCGAGGACUCGGGCCGCUACGCGCUCGACGGCUGCGGCGUCCGUGGCUUCGAGAAGCCCGCGACGAUCUGGGCGGGCUCGGAGCCGCGCGACGCGUUCCGCUUCGAUGUCGUGGAGCGGUCCGGCGCGAUCAAGUCGCUCUACGCGCCGACGGCGGCGGACCGGGACCGCUGGCUGGGAGCGGUAGGGGAAGCUUUGAGCGGCCACCACGUCGUCGCCGCGCGGCUCGCGGUGCUCGACCCCGCGGGGCAGGAGGCGCGGGACGCGGCCGUCGAGGCGCUGCGGCGCGAGGCCGACGACGCGCCCCUGGGCUUCGCGGCGGCGGACGAGCUCGCCAAGGGCAUCGCGGACGUCGAGCGCGACGUCGACAACACGGAUUUCCUGCGGACGGGCCUCUGCGGCGUCGUCAUCCACGGCGGCUUCUUAAUUCACAAGCGGAAGAAGCGGCGCUACUUCAAGGUGCGCGCCGUCGCCUUCGACGACGCGGGCGCCUACGUCGGGCCGCGGCUCGAGUACGCGGUCGAGGAGGACGACGACGUCGUCCUGGGGACGUACCUCUUGGACGGCGCGCGCGUCGAGGCGGGCGAGGGCUCGGGCUUCGACCUGCGCUACGACCACGGGACCGUCGCCUUGGUCGCGGCGUCCGCCGAGGACCGGAGCGAGUGGCUGCUCGCGCUCGAGGAGGCGCUGAGCCAGCACCACGACAUCGUCGAAGCGUUACGGCGGCGGAGCGGGCCGGCGCCGCGCGGCCGGUCGCCCGCGACGCCGCGGCGGUCGCCGAAGCCGCUCGCGGAGCCCGCGAGCCCGCCGGACUCGCCGGCGCUCUUCCGCUUCGGCGUCGGCCGCCCCGCGGACGAGUUCCAGUGCGAGUUCCAGUGUGGAAAUCAACCACUGAACUCUCUAUCUCGAUCAAAUCGACGUCGAUUCGGCUGA